GUUCAAUGUGUUUUACGUCAUAUGUGAGAUUUAUAUUUGUUUUGAUUUGAUUGUUUUUCUCUCUUUGGCAUUUUAAUAAUCGUAAAAUAAUCUUAUUAUCGCCGUAUGUGGCGGUUUUGUGACGGACGCUUUAAAAUAUUCAAUUUCAGGAGAAACAAGCAGAAAUGUGAGAAUAUCAUGUUUAAUUUCUGAUAUAUGAGCUCGUUAAAUCAAGAAGCAGAUUUUAAAUGAGUUCAGUUAAGGCAGUUAUAUAUUGUAUAUAACCUGUUACAAUAUGUAGUAAUAUUCCUGUCUUCACUAAAGAUGUUCAUCAUGAGAGAGCAGGUGGAUGUGAUCUGCUGUAAAUCAGUAGGAACUGAUCUGUCCAUGCUGGAUAUUGAUGAUUUCAUCACAGAAAUCUCUCAGCUGAAGAAAGAGGUGACGUCACUGAAGACAAAACUGAUGGAGAAAGAGCUCUAUUCAUCCUGCACCUGUUUUGAGCGAGUUAAAGUUGAGAUUGAGCUGGAAAAGGUUUCCUGUCAAUCUUCAGUGUGUGUGACUGAUGGGACCUCCACAGAAUGUCAGGAUUCAGUGUGGAGCGGCAGAGAUCAGUCCACACCACAGCAGCUGCUGGACAAACUCUCUGAACAGAGAUCCAGAGACACACAGGACUCACAGCUCACUUUACUCUGUUCUACUGAUGCUCAGGAGAGUGUGUGUGACAGUAAUCAGGGUGAUCAAACCUCCACAGAGUCUCUGACUUCUGUCUGUAACGCUGGAGAACAGCAGAUGCUGCAGACACCAGUGAAGAUUGAAGUGAUGCAGGAGGAGAUAAAAGAAGAAAACACAGCAGAGGAACAAUGGAGUGGUGAAGAUGAUGAUUUUAUUCCCUCAGAGCUGAUGAAAGUGCAAGAGGAACCUGAAGAGCUGAAUGAAGUGGAGGAGGAACUUCAGGAUCAGAAACAUCUUGAUUUAAUACAUGGAAAAAAAUCUUUGAGUGACUCAAAUACUAAGAAGAAUUCCUCACCAAAAAAGCCUCAAAGAAGAGCAGCUAAAAAUAAUUUCGCCUGCACUCAAUGUGGAAAGAGUUUCACAUAUAAAAGCCAGCUUAAUAUACACAUGAGAGUUCAUACAGGAGAGAGGCCUUACACAUGCCUUCAGUGUGGGAAAAGUUUUGCACAUACACAUCAUCUCACAUAUCAUCUUCGCCGUCACUCAGGAGAAAGACCAUUUGAAUGUGACAAGUGCGGUAAAACAUUUGUUUUGUCACCGUACCUAAAAACACACCUGAAAACGCACACAAAAGAGAAACCUUACAAGUGUGUUUUUUGUGGAAAAAGUUUUUCACGCCUGUCCUAUUUUAAAGAGCACCAGAAAAUACAUACUGGUGCUGGGGUUCAUAUGUGCUUUGAAUGUGGGAAGAUCUUUGCUACAGCCGGCAACUUGAAACAGCACCAAAUAAUUCAUACUGAAGAGAAACCUUACAAGUGCUCACACUGUGAAAAGAGUUUCACUCAUUCACAACAACUGAAAAUACAUGAGAGGAUCCAUACUGGAGAAAACCCUUACAAAUGUUCACACUGUGGAAAGAGUUUCACUCAGUCAGAUAGCUUGAAAACACAUGAGAGAAUCCAUACUGGAGAGAAACCUUACAAGUGCUCACACUGUGGAAAGAGUUUCACUCAGUCACAUAACCUGAAAAAACACAAGAUAAUUCAUACUGGAGAAAAACUUUACAGUUGUUCACACUGUGAAAAGAGCUUCACUCUGUCACAACAACUGAAAAAACAUGAGAGAAUUCAUACUGGAGAAAAACCAUACAAGUGCUCACACUGCGGAAAGUGUUUCACUCAGUCACAACAACUGAAAACACACAAGAGAAUUCACACUGGAGAAAAACCAUACAAGUGCUCACACUGUAAAAAGAGUUUCACUCUGUUACAACAACUGAAAACACAUGAGAGGAUUCAUACUGGAGAAAAACCAUACAAGUGCUCACACUGUAAAAAGAGUUUCACUCAGUCACAACAACUGAAAACACAUGAGAGGAUUCAUACUGGAGAGAAACCAUACAAGUGCUCACACUGUGAAAAGAGUUUCACUCAGUCAGAAAACUUGAAAAGACAUGAGAGAAUUCAUACUGGAGAGAAACCAUACCACUGCUCUUCAUGUGGGAAAAGUUUCAGUGCAGCAAGUCAUCUAUAUAGUCAUGUAAACAUUUUUUGCCCAAGUUGUCACAGUGAGAAGACAACAUCUUCAUCUCCAACAAUAUUGAAUAAAUAGUUUGAAAUUCAGAUAAACCCAACGAUGGAAUUUCUCCCAAAAGAGCAGCAUCAUCUAAAGCACUAUUCGGGAGGAUUGGGAAAUUUGUGUUUCACAGAUGUACUUUGUGAUUUUAAUCCCAUCCGGAUCUGAGAAGUCUCACUUACACCGUUUACACCUGGUAUUAAGAUAUGUUUUUGGUGAUCCUAUCACAUGUGUUCAGUGCUAAAUACAGAUCUACACAGGGUCUAAAACGUUUUGUGAACAUAUCACAAAAAUCAUGUACGAAUGUGGUGAAAAAUGCAUAUGAACGCAUCUCAUUUGAAGUAUAAACACUAAUAUGUCCUGUAUGCGUCCCGGCAGCAGCAAAGCACCACCCCUCACGUCAAUCGACCACUGUGCUAAAACAAGAGUUUUAACUUUGUUAGUUACGAGCGGUUUAAAAGGAAAAAAACUGUCCGAUCGGAAAAUUUAAGUGGAUACAUACACAAAAACGAGAUCUUCACAGAUCUUCUGGUUGUCUGAAAUCAACAUGCAGGGACUUAUGAGAAGCACGAAGAUCUGCAGCUCAGGUUAAUACAGGUAAUUUACUAAAAUAACAGAAAAUCCUGCUCAGUGUUGCAUUUGUGCUUAGGUUAUAUUUUUAAAUGCAUGUGGCAGAAAUAGCUUGCUUUUUUGUGCUUUGUCUUUUAUGACUUUGUUGCGCUUUAACGUCAUACAAUAGCACAUUGAGUGAUUGUCGAUGUACCUAACAGGUACCUUCGGAUAAUCUUUCUAGUUUUUGUUUUCAAAACGGAAUAACCAAUAAACCGAACGCUUACUCGUUUUUCAUUAAGAAAGAAAUUAACAAAAUUGAGAACUUUAUUUUUCAGUUUUUCAGUUCAUAUAAGAAAUUGAAAAACAGGAAUUCAGCUCAAUUUCUUGUUUUUCAUUCAAGCGCUAAAAAUAAGUGUACAAUUUGAUUAUUUGAUUUGGACAGGUGGAUGGACAUGAUGCCAUCUGCUCUUACUCAUUCCUUUCUUCAGACUAAAAAUCUUUUCACACGGGACGUGGCAGGAGCUAACCGCAAGUUUAUCACGUAGACUACAUGGAGGACUAAUUUUUCAUUUUUUCCAGUUAAUGUGGUGCUCGUGUUGCGGUUUUAGGUGUGCACGUUGCCAUGGCUACAGUCAGAAAGGACUUUAUUUUGCCUGGCAUCACAGCAUGUAUAUCUGUAUACAUUUUUUAAGGUGAAAUAUGGGUUAGGAAGUAAAUUUGUGUCCAUAGACAUUAUGUGUUAAACAGAACAGAAUGAACCUUACAUUUUUAAUGGCUACAAAUAGUUUUAAUUUUAUUUUUAGGGUACAACAACUAACCAGGAACUGACUAAAUGAAAUGACACCCUUAUUUAUUAUUCAGUUGUGUCUCUUUAACAUCUGGGCUAUACGAUCUGCAUACAGACAAGAUCACCUUCACUAUAUGCAUUCAACCAUUAUGCAGUAAAAUAUUAUAUUUUAUGGACCACGAAUGUGUUUUAAACUUAAUAGUAAUUAAGUAAAAUCAUUGUUGUACAUAUUAAGGCUCUUCUAGCCACAAUUUGAGUAUGGUUUUUAAUAUUAUUACCCCAUUUUAAUAGCUGCCAUUAUUAAUAUUAGGCCUAUACCCCAUGUGAGUGCCUUGGAUUUUUGGCUUGAUGUACCAGCAACAUGUUUCAGUUUGGAUGAACUAGGCUACACUUUUAAUAAAUUUGUGUACUACA